AAUAGGCAACGAACAUAGUGCGAUGUUGAGAAAAAAAAGGGAUAUAAUAAAAAAUGUAUUAUCUGCGUUCUUUAACUGUAACAACGACAGCUAUCGGCUGAAACACAGGUCCCGUACUUGUAGCCGAGGAAUUUACAGACGAAAUUACAAGCGCUGGUCGUGCACGCACGCAAACUCAUUGGUAUGUACAGAGCCUCAGUCGCCAUCUUUACUGAAUCUCCAUCUAUUUUGUUGUGAGAGAUAUCAUAAGCCCUCAGCAAGUCGUCAAUGGAAAACACUUCGGCAUAUGAAGCCAAAAUCAUCGCAAAAACGACAAACAAUACGAGCUUCAUUUUGAUAAUAGAUACAAUUUUGGAUGACGACUAUACUUCUCGGGGACUGACCUCAAACUGAUCUCAAAACAAAACUGAUGAGAAAAAGUCAACAACGCUUAGACUGUUUGUAUUUUAAAUAAUUAAACAAAAAUGCAACUUAUGACCCGACUGUAAAGUUGAAAUUGAUAACAGCAUUUUAUUCUAUGCUAUGUGGUUACAACUGACAUGACUGGAGUGGU